UUUUCAUAAUAAAAUCCUCCCACUUGAGGUUAUCAUGGAGGUUGUCUACAUUUGUAUGUAAUGAUAUGAUAUAAAGAGGAAGUAACAGAUUAGAAAAGGAGCAAAAAAUUAGAGGAAAACAUUAUUAUCUUUGCAGAAAACAAUUCAGUUAAUACCUGCAAACAGCACAUUAUUUCUAAGAGAAAAAACUGAAGAUAAAUGUGAAUUAUUUCAGUCUUAAUUUACAAAAAUAAUCACAAAAGAUGUGUACCACUUUAAGUCUUUGAAGUGCGCAGUAAGAGCAACUGAGCUCCACCUCCGCCCUUGAAUGAGGAAGCAAACUUUUUCUUCAAGUGAGAGACCGGACAUUCUGCAAGUUGGAGACAAUAGCUUCAACUUUCAAACCAUAUUCUCAGACUUUCCUUUGAAGGACUCAAACGUUACUGCAGUGAAUGCUGGUGGGAAUGCUGCUGGUGGUAAAGUACUGGAGCUGCUGUUGAUGGCAGAAAUAAAAUAAGUUUAAGAAGACAAAACGAAAGUGAAAGUAUCUGAGUUUAGAGAGGACGUAAACAUGGCUACUGAACUAGAUAAAGAUCUGCUCUGUACUCUGUGUGAAAACAUUUUUAAAGAUCCGGUAACUCUGUCGUGCAGCCACAGCUUCUGUAACGAAUGUCUGAAGAAACACUGGACAGAAAAGGAUACACAUGACUGUCCUGUCUGUAAGAGACGGUCCUCAAAGGAUUUAUUUCCUCUUACUUUUGCACUUAAAAGCCAAUGUGAGGUCUUUUUAAAGGAGGGAUCCUCAGAGUCUGAUCCAAUCUGCAGUGUGCACUCUGAGAAACUCAGCUUCUUCUGUCUGGACGACCAGCAGCUGGUGUGCAGCGUCUGCAAAGAUUCAGAAACCCACAGCAACCACAGAUUCAAAGAAACUGAAGAAGCAGCUGAAGAACGCAAAGACGAAUUUAAGGAUUUUUUAAAGCUUUUAAAAACUAAACUGAGGCUCAUUCAUCAAGUGAAGGGAGACUGUGAUCAAACAGCAGAGCACAUUAAAGUUCAGGCAGAAAGCACCGUGUGGAAGAUCAAGGAGGAGUUCAGGAAGCUUCAUCAGUUUCUAGAUGAGGAAGAGGGGGCCAGGAUGGCUGCACUGAAGGAGGAGGAGGAGCAGAAGAGUCUGAUGAUGAAGGAGAAGAUUAAGGCUCUGAGCAAAGAGACUGAAGCUCUUUCAAUCACAAUCAAAGCCACAGAGAAGGAGCUGAGAGCUGGAGACGUCUCGUUCCUGCAGAACUUCAAGGCUGCAGAGGAAAGAGUCCAGCACCAACUUCUGCCUGAAGAUCCAGAGCUGGACUCAGGUUCACUGAUAGACGUGGCCAAACAUCUGGGCAACCUGAGCUUCAACAUCUGGACCAAGAUGAAGGAGAUGGUGUCUUACAGUCCUGUGAUUCUGGAUCCAAACUCUGCUCAUCCACAAGUCGUCCUGUCUGAUGAUCUGACCAGUCUGAGGAAGGUAGAGAUGAAGCAGGAGCUUCCUGACAACCCAGAGAGAAUUGACCACUUCAUCUCCGCCGUUGGUUCUGAGGGUUUUGAUUCAGGCUGCCACAGCUGGGAGGUGGAGGUUGGAGACAACAAGGCCUACGUCCUGGGUGUGGUAACCGAGUGGAAUCCGAGGAAAGGAGUCAUAUGGCCCGGUCUGUGGAGGCUGAUGUUCAGCAAUGGUGAAUACAAAACCCUUUCACCGUCUGAUGAAGGAUCUGAUGUGAUGUUGGCAACGAACCCAAAGAAGAUCAGGGUGACGCUGGACCAGGACGGAGGACGACUGACGUUCUCUGAUUCUGACACAGACGAACACAUCCACACCUUCACUGACACCUUCACCGACAAACUGUUUCCAUACAUCAGCACCUGGGGUGACGUCCCGAUAAAGAUGGUCCCACUGCAGGUCUCUGUAACAGUGGAGCCACAUGAUUAGACGAUGAACUGAUGGACAAAGAGAUGCUCGUACAAACAAUAACCUGAGAGAUAUGUGUAUGUAUCGUAUAUUAGUAAAUGGUUUUGCUUUUAUAUAGCACUUUUACAGCCACAGACGCAUCUUCACACCAGUGCCAUGCACUGGGAACAACUGGGGUUGCUCAAGGACACUCCGGCAUGUGGCAUAUUCCAGGGAGCGAACUGCUAACCCUUCAGUUCAUGGACCAACCCUUCGGUUAAUGUUUAUUGUAUUUUUCGUCAUAUAUUAUGCAUGGUAUCUGUCUAUCUAGAGAAGAUUUGUUUUAUUUAACUUAAUACAGUAGUAGAGGUUAUGCAUUGACAUCACUGCUGCCCGAGCCCAAAAACAUGGUUAAAUGUAUCAGUAAAUACAGCGAGACCAGGAAAAAAAUCAUAAUUGGACUCAACAAUGAUCCAUACAAACUAGUAUGGAUUUGGAAAAGUGGAUUAGCCACAGUUUCAGUUAGGUAUAGGUAGGGGUGGGCGAUAUGACGAUAUUAAAUCGUGAACGAUUACAUCGUGAAGACGAUCUGUCAAACUGUAGAGAUCGUGGGAUCAUCUAGGGCACAUUCUAUAAAUUGCAUUUUUAUGCUGAUGCACCGACGCACCAGACGUAUUACGUCGUCAACCUGAACGACCAAUCAUCGAAUUACGGGCAGUGACGCGCCUCCUUGUUUAUGUGUGUAGCGGUAGCCGCAUGGAGCCAAGGCUGAAAGUCAAACGGAGUUGGUUACUAAAAUAAAAAUAAAUAUAAAAAAAUCCACUUCCAUUAUAUGGAAUUGGUUUGGAUUUUCCUCCAUUGCUGAAGCGCAGAACAGGUUCGUCAAACCUAUUUAAUCAUUUGAAGAGGACGCAUCCCAAACAAUAUGCUGAGAGCCAAACAGCAGCUAGCGUAAAACCAAAACAGUCAACAUUAACACAGGCGUUUAACAAAGGCACUCUCCGUAUGACAAGUCAAGCAAGCGAUGGAAAGAGGUAAUAGAAACAGUUACUUUUUAUCUUGCAAAAGAUAUGAUACCGUUCAAGACUGUAGAAAACUUUCUGUUACUACUUUUGCAAGAGUGCCCUUUAUUAGAAUGUUGUUGUUGUUGUUUACCUUAAAUUUGAUUUUUUUGCACAUACAGGCAAAACUGCGACUACUUAAAAUAAAAUCUAUUAAGAAAGGUUCUUUGGACUAAAUUGUCUGUUUUUCAUUUUUCAAUAUACGAUCGUGAUAAAAUCGAAAUCGUGAUUUUAUUUUUAAAAAAAUCGUGAUAUGAUAUUUUUGCCAUAUCGCCCACCCCUAGGUGUAGAUAAUUUCAGUUAAGAUAAAUGUAAGUAAAAUAAAAGAUGCUAAUGCUAAGAGCUUUACUGAAAGUAACGUUAUAGCCACACAGUAUUGAUGUCACGUACAUACCCUCCAUAGAUAUAUACACGUAUAUACCGCAAUCAGGCUUGUCAACGCGGCCGCCAUCUUGGGCAGGGGUUCUGACUAAUGGUUAGACCUCAGUCAGUGCAUCUGACUGACACUAAAAUGACUGACUUCAGCCACUGUAAAGAAUUGUACUAAGUAGGUCAUGUAGUUCCUAAAUCAGUUAUAUAUAAUACGUAUAAUUUUAGCGUUAACUGCUAACAUAAGAUAUGUGUCUGAAUGGUGGCUAAUGUAAAGAGUGUUAUAAAUAAAAUCUAUUAAAAUAUUAUUAUUAUUAUUAUUAUUAUAUACUGUGUUAUCUUAGACACUCUUCCUGUAACUGUGACUUGUUUUAUUGUGCUGUUGCAUUAGUAUUAUUAAAUGCAUUAUCACUAUUGUUA